GUUGGCUUUAUUGAGGGUUGGCCGCCAUUUUGGUGGGAAUAACCAAAAGAAGAACCCUCGAACCCCCCUCUAAAACACCGUCCAGACAGUCACUUCCGUCAACAACAUUCGAACGAAGGAUCACUUCCUGUGAGAAAUCAAGAACCCGCAGACUUUUGUCAUGGAUCUUGGAGAAAAUCCGACUUUACACGCUGACACAUCGCUGGUCAAUGGAACAUCUUGCGCGACGGCAACCGCAUUAGCACAAGUCCUCGACUCACAGGCCAUCUCCAGCACCUCUCUAGCUACUUUUUCCGUUACUUCUGUGCCCGGGUCAACUGGCCUGGCCGUUUUAACUCCAACACUAGAUGGCACGACCACUGUUACGUCUUUACCUGGCUUUACUCUGUCAAGUUUCGAUUCUGUAGACGUGAAACACGUGGGUGAUUCCAGUGAGUUAGCUGUGGCAACAGUAGGAGAGGACGGCAGUCUUCAUUUUACAGCAGCUAGUCAUAAUGGAGUUACCAGUUAUCACACACCUCAAGGAAGUCAAGCUUUACCAACAUCUGAAGCAGAUUUUGUAUCUGACUUGAGUCAAGUUGAAAUCCUGAGUGGAGGUGAGAGUGAAGGGGGUUCAGUAGAAGAAACUGUUUGUCAGGAAACUCAAACACCAAGAGCUGUGUCUAACUCUCAUGGUGAUGUGGACAAGUCAGUGAAAAAGAAAGGUGGAUGGCCAAAGGGUAAGAAAAGGCGCAAGACAUUUCGAGACAGCAAUGCACCGAAGGCCCCACUGACUGGGUAUGUGAGGUUCCUGAACGAGCAACGGGAGAAAGUCAGAGCAGAGCGCCCUGAGCUAAACUUUCCUGAAGUGACCAAGCUACUUGGUGCUCAGUGGACUAAACUGUCAGCCGAGGAAAAACAAAGGUACUUAGAUGAUGCAGAGAAAGACAAAGAAAGAUACAUGAUGGAAUUGGAAGCAUAUCAGAAAACAGAUGCCUAUAGAAACUUCUUGAAGAAGCAAGCCGAAAGGAAGAGAAAAAAUUUGGAGAAUUCUGACGGAUUAGAUGGCAUGUCUAAUGGCAUUGAGCUCUGUGCAGAAGAUGAUCUCUACUGCAAACCUUGCAAUCAGUACUUUAAUAAUCUCCACAACAAGAGAGAGCACAUCUUUGGCCGGAAGCACAAGCAGACAGUUUCUGGAAGGUUAAACGAGAGCGAAGAAGAAGAAGAGUUACCAGGAUUUAACGCACCUGUCUUCACGGAAGAAUUUCUAAAACACAAUGAAAUGCGUGAAAAUGAACUAAGACAGCUUCGCAAGGCGGCCACAGAAUUCGAGGAACAGAACUCAGUUACCUCCAAACACGUCGAGAACUUGAAACAAGCAAUAGGAAAAAUCGAAAUGGAGACAAACCAACAACGGAACUCGAACAUGGUGCUACUUAAUGACCUGAGCAAUCUUCGGGCAGCUCUCGUUCAAGCGUUUGCGAACUUGGUACUUCCAGGCACUAACGAGGUGCCGACAAUAGAUACCAUUGAUUCUUACAUGACCAGAUUGUAUUCAGUUAUAUUGGACUCACCCCAGGAGAACGAGGGACUCAUCACGAAUGUACGAGAGAUUGUGUCACGCCUUGGUUUUCCGAAUGAUGCGGAUAAAGGCUUAAAUUUAGCGGAGUAAGACUGAGCAUUUUGUGGACUUCAGGAAGGCCCUUUUGCCUUUGCCUUUGAUGGUGCAGAUGUUCAGGCCAGAAUUUACCUAAGAACAAUGAUGAUCUCUCAGUACUUUCAUACUCGAAAGUUUAUUUGCUUUGAUCGCUUGUACAUGCAAGAAGAGACUGCUCCCUUGCACACUCGGUGCUCAUCCGAGUGGCUUUGUAGCUUUCUCCUCCGCCGAGACUCCAAGGUCGGUUAUGACGGAGUUCGAGGAGGGAAAUCUUUGAGCCGGAAUCACCACAGAGGCUGGAAUAAAACAUAUUACUUUGGAAAGAGAGAAAAACUACGUCAAAAAAUUACAAAUAUAUAUGUCCAUUCAAACAGCUUAUACGAAAUCAAAUUUCGUUAACGUUUGAGAUGUCCAUCCACUUGGCUGUUUAUUGUCUCGAGUGUUUUCGAACCUAAAAGGUUGCCCAUAAUGGGCGUUUUGUAAUGAACAGUUCAUGUGAAAUUAAGUUCAAGUUAUUUAUCGUAUUGUGCAGGUGAUAUUCUGCAAAUGUUUUAAAUAAAAAAGACAAGAAAGUAAAA